AUGGCGCAGAAAGGAGAUCAGCUGGACCAGGAAACCUUUUCUUGUUCAAUCUGUUUGGAGGUUUUAAAGGAUCCGGUGACUAUUCCCUGUGGACACAGUUACUGUAUGAACUGUAUUAACAACUUCUGGGAUGAAGGAGAGAAGAAAAUCCCCAGCUGUCCUCAGUGUAGACGGACUUUCACUCAGAAACCUGAGCUGGUGAAAAACACCAUGUUAGCAGCUUUAGUGGAGCAGCUGAAGAAAACUGAACUCCGAGCUCCUCCUGCUGAUCACUGCUAUGCUGGACCUGGAGAUGUGGCCUGUGAUUUCUGCUAUGGGAGAAAACUGAAAGCUGUCAAGUCCUGUUUGGCGUGUCUGGCCUCUUACUGCCAGAAACACUUUCAACCUCACCAUGAUUCAUCUACAUUCAAGACACACAAGCUGGUGGAUCCCUCCAAGAACCUGCAGGACAACAUCUGCCCCCGUCACGAUACCGUUGCUGCCGUUUGUCAAUCCAAACUCAAAGGUCAGCUGCAGAAGAAGCACCAGCAUGUGUUUGAGGGGAUCAUUAAAGCAGGAAAGACAACCCUUCUGGAGCAGAUCUACAUGGAUCUCACAGAGGGAGGAACCGGAGAGGUCAACGAAGAACUUGAAGUCAGACAGAUUGAAGCAGCUUCCAGGAAACCAGACGGAGCAGAAACAACCAUCAGACAGGAAGACAUCUUUAAACCCCCACCUGGAAGAGGAGGACCAAUCAGAAUGGUGAUGACGAAGGGAGUGGCCGGCAUCGGGAAAACAGUCCUAACACAGAAGUUCAGUCUGGACUGGGCUGAAGGCAGAACCAACCAGGACAUCCAGUUCCUGCUUCCAUUCACCUUCAGAGAGCUGAAUGUGUUGAGCUGUCAGGCUGUCUGA